UUGGCUGAUUCACAGACACUGACACGAACAUUGCAAAAGAUUGAUUUAAAUGAACCACAAAAGAUCCUUAUGCCUGUCUAUGCUACUGAUACAGAUAACCCAAUGACAAGUAAACUAAGCAAAUUGACUGAACUUCAAUUUCCACAUAUUUCCAUCAUUACUUUGGCUCGAAAAUACUUUGAUGAUGAACAAGGAAAACGUUACAUUCAAGAAUAUGGAUUACAAGAAGAUGUAGCAGGAUUGCUGUUUGGUAUAGCCACAAAGUAUUAUUGUUUGGCUGCUAUUUCAGGCGCAUUUAGACACAUCUUUGAGACAGAAGGCUAUCGAUUUGCUCCACACACCAUCAAAUUCACUUAUCAAGGAGCAGAAGAUACCAUGAUGAUUGAUACUAUCACUGCAAAAAACCUAGAGCUUGUUGCCAAUACAAACAGCAACACGACUAGGAAUACAUUACUCCAUGUGCUUGAUCGUACAUUGACACCCAUGGGCAGACGUCUUCUUCGUAUGAAUAUAUUGCAGCCCCCUUGUUCACUUGAAAUCAUCAAAGAUCGUUUAGAUGUUGUCCAAGAACUAUCCAAGAGUGAAGAAACCAUCUUCAAUCUCCAGACUUGCUUAAAGCAUAUGAUUGAUAUGGACCAUACUAUUGCUUAUAUUGUCAAACUACCGAAUACUACCAAGAAAUCCUCUCUCGUCAUUCAACAAGCAGAAAUAAAAACCAAUCAAGUCAUUGGACUUAAACAGACUAUCAAGGCGAUUCGUUCUAUAGCAGCCUGUUUGCCUGAAUCAAGCCAUUGUCUUUUAUUAAACACGAUUCACAAAAUAUUGUCAAGCCAAGUAUUUGAUGAACUAGAAAAAGUCAUCCAAACUACAGUCAAUGAGGAAGUAUGCGUUCAAAAAAGCAGUUUAGGUAUUCGAAAUCAGAGAUGUUAUGCGAUCAAAGCAGGUGUCAAUGGAUUAUUGGACGUGGCAAGGCAAACCUACAAAGAGACAACAGAAGAUAUUUAUGAGCUUGUGGAGCAAUAUAACCGAGACUAUAGACUACAGAUGAAACUCCAGUUCAGUGCUGCUCAUGGGUUUUAUAUCACCACAAAUCCAUUGGCAGCUGAGAAAGGGUUGCCUCCUCUCUUUAUAAAUGCUGUCAAGAAGAAAAAGUCAAUUCAAUGCACUACAAUCGAAUUGCUCCAAAAGAACUUUCGUAUCAAUGAAUCUUUGACUGAAGUCUAUCUUAUGUCUGAUAAGAUUGUCACAGAGCUACUGCAAAUAUUCAGAGACAAUAUCAACAUCUUGUACAAAGCAUCUGAAGCCAUCGCUUUAUUAGACAUGUUGAUUUCGCUUGCCGCUUGUAACAUUUCCUCAGAUUAUGUGCGUCCUGAAUUCUCAGAUACACUGGCAAUUAAAUCAGGCCGUCAUCCUAUCUUGAGUCAAAUUCUCUCAUUUCCUUUAGUACCUAAUGACUCUUUUGCUUCCUUGUCAAGUAGUUUUCAAUUCAUUACUGGGCCUAACAUGAGUGGCAAAUCCACUUAUCUUCGACAAGUAGCCCUAUUGACCAUUAUGGCUCACACAGGAUCCUUUGUUCCAGCUGAAUAUGCUUGCUUUCGAUUAACUGAUCAGCUUCUUUCAAGACUAGCAAAUGAUAAUACGUUCUCUGAUAUUGGUACAUCUUCUUUUAUGUCAGAAAUGAGAGAAACAGCAUACUUGCUACAACAUGUAACGGACACAAGCCUAGUGAUUAUUGACGAAUUGGGAAGAGGUACUUCGCCUAGUGAUGCUUUAGGUAUUACUGCAGCUGUAUGUGAGGAUUUGAUUCACACAAGGGCCUUUUGCUUCUUUGCUACACAUCUGCAUGAACUUACAAGAACACUGGAUAUCUAUCCAAAUGUCGUUAAUUUGCAAUUCAAAGUACAUGUUACUAGAACACAAGGGAAUGAUAUUACAGUUGAUUAUCAGUACAAGAUUGAAGAUGGAAACUUGCAAACUGAGAGCAAUUAUGGGUUACGCACUGCUCAAGUAUUAGGUUUUCCAAAACAAGUACUUGCGUGUGCCUACAAGAUUGUUACUGAGUUGAAAGGCAAUGGAUACAGACUGAGCCCUGAAUAUGAAAAGGAUAAAAGAAAAGUAUCAAGAGAACGCAAAUUACUCUGGUUUGCCGACAAAGUGCUUCAAUUAGGUCAAGUAGAGAUACCCAACGAUCAAUUACAUGAACAAUUCUACCAAUUACAAAAUAAUAUCUUGCAAGAAGAACAGGACUAAGUUUUAUUUUACAUAGGAUAAUUUACAAAUAAAGAGAAGCAGCAAAGA